AUGAGGGAGAUCUUGGAGAUCGUCGUCGAGACCGGGAGCGCGCCGAUCGAUUCGGGCGAUGGGAAGAAGGCUGCCGCCGGCGGCGGCGUGAGCUUGCAUUUUCACUUCGAGAAGGACGACGACGCGAAGAAAGAAAACGCCGCGUCUCCGACGGCGGCGGUCCUCAAACGCAUGAUGCCCGCGAUGCCGCGGCGGCUGUUCAACAGAGUCCAGGCCGCGUGCGCGGACGUCGAGGCCGCGAUGGGCGUGGUGGCCGAGAGGCGAGUCAACUUCGCGGACGCGGGCGCGGAGAGGAGAAGGUUACGGGGCUCGAAGGACGCGUCUCUCGCCGUAGACGCGUGCAAAGCGUGCGAGGCGCUGAUAGAUUGGUGCUCGUAG